AUGGCUCCUGAACCUCCUCCUGAUAGUAGCUCUAAGCCUACUACUGUUAGUGCUCUUGAUUUUGGUGAUCCUUUAUAUCUUCAUCCUACUGAUACUAGUGGUGCUUCUAUUCUGUCUUUUAAAUUGAGUGGUACUAAGAAUUAUAAUGUGUGGUCAUGUGCUAUGAUGCUUGCUUUGGAAAUCAAAAAUAAAGUAGGUUUUAUAGAUGGUUCAUGUGAGAAAAAUAAUGAUGAUCUUGUAUUAGCUAAACAGUGGGAUAGAUGUAAUUCAGUGGUAUUAUCUUGGAUAUUAGGAUCUGUUAGUCAAGAUUUGUACAUGGGUCAAAUUUUCUCUAUAAUUGCAAGUGAGGUUUGGGAUGACUUAAAAGAAACCUAUGAUAAAGUUGAUGGAUCUGUUACUUUUAAUCUUCAUCAUAAAAUUAAUACUCUAAGUCAAAAUGGUUCUUCUUUGUCUGAGUAUUAUCAUAAAUUGAACACAUUUUAG